CAGUGAACCCACCUAGUGCCUCCUUUGUCGGGGCGGGGCACGGGCAUCUCCAACCUCUCCCACCUCGGCUGCACGUGAUAGGCGUCCUCGUCACCGGCCACUAUAUUCCGAACAUCAGUGAGGGUGCCAGGUCCUGCGUGGCGGCGGGGGGGACAAAAACUACCCGCCGCGUAGAGCCGCGCCCGCCGGGAAGGGCGGGCACAGCGGCGCGGAGGCGGCCCGCGGCGCGCCACUCACUGGCCGGGAGCCGAGUCGAGGGGCGAGAGUGGUCCUGGGCUCCUCCCUGACGUCACGGUGCUGACGCCGCCCCUCUACCAGCAUUCGCGGGGCCGCCGGCAGGUAAAACAGCCAGCGCACGGAAUCGGAAUCGGAAUCGGUCAGCCACAAUGCUGCUGUUGAACCGAACUGUGCUCAUCAGGCUCCAAGAGGCCUGCAGACUGAAGUCAGCCUCCAGGCUCUGCACGCAGAUCUUCUCCACAGAUGAUUCAUUUCAGCCCCAGCACGGCCACUUCACCUCUGCUGGGGGUAACUCCAGCACCAGAGGGUGGAGAGUCAUGGGAGCCCUGCUAGGCCUCGGUGCAGCUUUUGCUUAUCAUGAUCACCGGUGCAGAGCUGCUAAGGAGAUGCCACGCAUAUAUACAAGGGAGGAAGUGAAAGCCCACUCCACUCCAGAGACCAGGAUCUGGGUAACUCUGGGCAAUGAGGUCUUUGAUGUCACUGAAUUUGUGGCUCUCCACCCAGGGGGGCCAUCAAAGCUGAUGCUCGCAGCUGGAGGUCCCCUGGAGCCCUUCUGGGCCCUCUAUGCUGUCCACAACCAGCCUCAUGUGCGAGAGUUACUGGCUGAGUACAAAAUUGGGGAGCUGAGUCAUGAAGACAAGGCACCCGCCACCUUGAGCACCUCUGACCCUUACGCUGAUGAUCCUGUACGCCACCCAGCCCUGACUGUCAACAGCCAGCGCCCCUUUAAUGCAGAGCCCCCACCUGGACUGCUGACUGACAAGUAUAUCACACCCAACUCUAUCUUCUUCACACGGAACCAUCUGCCUGUACCUAACCUGGACCCAAAGACCUACCGCCUGCAGGUAGAAGGGGCACGUCGGGGGAAGUCACUGUCCCUCUCCCUGGAUGACUUGCGCCGCUUCCCCAAACAUGAGAUCACAGUAACUCUACAGUGUGCUGGCAACCGACGAUCCGAGAUGACUCAGUUCAAAGAAGUGAAAGGUCUGGACUGGAGAAUAGGGGCCAUUAGUACCGCACGCUGGGCUGGAGCACGGCUCUGUGAUGUGUUGGCCAAGGCCGGUCACCAGCUCUCUGACACUGAAGCCCAUGUCUGUUUCGAGGGGCUGGACUCUGACCCCACUGGAACUGCCUAUGGAGCGUCCAUCCCUCUGGCUCGAGCAAUGAACCCUGAAGCUGAGGUCCUGCUUGCCUAUGAGAUGAAUGGGGAGCCUCUGCCUCGGGACCACGGCUUCCCCGUUCGGGUGGUGGUUCCUGGUGUGGUGGGUGCCCGCCACGUCAAGUGGCUGGGAAAAGUGAGUGUGGAACCAGAGGAAAGUCACAGCCACUGGCAGCGACGGGAUUACAAAGGCUUCUCUCCCUCUGUGGACUGGGACACGGUCAAUUUUGACUCUGCUCCAUCCAUUCAGGAACUUCCCAUACAGUCAGCCAUCACAGAGCCCCAAAAUGGGGCAACAAUAGAGUCAGGAGAGGUGACGGUCAAGGGCUAUGCAUGGAGCGGUGGCGGAAGAGCUGUGGUCCGGGUGGAUGUGUCUCUGGACGGGGGCCUCACCUGGCAGACAGCUACGCUGGAUGAAGAAGAACAGCGGCCCCGGAAGGCCUGGGCCUGGCGGCUGUGGCAGCUGCAGGCCCCCGUGCCAGCGGGAAAGAAGGAAUUGAACAUUGUUUGCAAGGCUGUAGAUGACAGCUACAAUGUGCAGCCAGACACCGUGGCCCCAAUCUGGAACCUGCGAGGUGUGCUCAGCAAUGCAUGGCACCGCGUUCGUGUCCGUGUGGCCCCAUGAUUUUAAAUGAACCAUUUCCUCCCCCGAAACACCUCCUAACCCCUUUCCACACCCAUUCAACCUCCUUUGGCCUUAUUACAACAGCAGAAAAGACUUUCCCUUCAUCUUUCCACUUCCUGGAUCUCAGCCCCGCAUCUUUCUACCCAGGCUCUGACACCUCUACACCAACCUGGCCCCUGACCCUCUACCCUGAGCCAAGGAGGGCUGUUGUUAUAAGCACUUCUGGAGACCGACACUAUUCAGUGCCUUUCUCAUCCCGCCCCAUCUCCAAUGCCUGUCACCGAUGAGGCCUUUAGAGAAUUUAUGUGGAUAUGUGUCCCAAAGUUUCCACAGCUGUCUGGGUUGUCAGGGAUUGUGAGGGGCACACCCCUCUGCUUUAAAAAUUGUGGAAGUUUUCUAAAUACAUAAAUAAAGUGUUUUA